AUGGGUACAGAGGUGCCAACCGCCCGCAGCGGAGGCUGGCUGGCGGCCCUGCUCUGGUUUGUGCUGCUGCCGGCAGGCAUGCAAAGGUCCUGGUCGGAGGCCUCCGAUGCCCCGGGGGAUGAGGCGGAGGCCGAGGAGCCGGUGUGUGGGAAGCCCAAGGUGAUGGGGAGGAUCUACGGCGGCCGGGAUGUGUUGGCGGGCCGGUGGCCGUGGCAGGCCAGCCUGCUGUUCCAGCGCGCGCAUGUCUGCGGAGCCGUCCUCAUUGACCCCCUCUGGCUGGUUUCCACUGCCCACUGCUUUCUCAACAAAUCCCGCGCCCCAGCGGACUACCGGGUUCUGCUGGGAAGCACGCAGCUGUACCAGCACUCCCAGCAUGCACGGGAGAUGUCCCUGAGCCGGAUUAUCGUGCACCCAGACUUUGAGAAGCGUCACCCCUUCGGGAGCGACAUCGUCAUGCUGCAGCUGCGCCUGCCCGUGAACCUCACCUCCUACAUCGCCCCCGCCUGCCUCCCGAGCCCCGGCAUGCAGCUGUCCAGCAGCUUGUCCUGCUGGAUCACUGGCUGGGGGAUGCUCAGCGAGGACAGUGGGGGUGCAGGAGAGGCGGGCGGGUGA